AUGGCAACAGUACCACGCAAUUUCAGACUGCUUGAAGAGCUGGAGAAGGGUGAGAAGGGCGUAGGCGAUGGCAACGUAUCUUAUGGUCUUGAAUCACCAGAUGACACAUUCCUUUCAUCUUGGAUUUGUACUAUAAUAGGUCAGAAUGGUACUACACAUGAGAAUAGAAUAUACACAGUCAAGGUGUUCUGUGAUAAGGACUAUCCAAACAAGCCUCCAACAGUCAAGUUCAUCUCAAAGAUCAACAUGGGUUGCGUUAACGCUCAAAGUGGCGUCGUCGAGCCAAAGAACUUCCCAUUGCUCAACAACUGGGUCUCAAAGACAAACAUUGAGGCUAUCCUCAUCGAAUUGCGACGUGAGAUGAACACUCCAGCCAACAAGAAGCUGGCUCAGCCACCCGAUGGAUCUUCAUACUAA